AUUGGAAUAUGGGUUGUGCCGCAAGUUCAGAAGGCGAGGAGCCACAACAAAAUCGUCCCAAGUAUCGAACUUGUACGGACACAUUUUGGCUUGCUGUCUAUAUAUUAUUUUGGCUAUUUUUGAUUGUUAUUGCCAUAUUCUCGUUUGUGUAUGGCAAUCCUUUGCGAGUCAUUAACGGAUAUGAUUCCUUUGGUAAUACGUGCGGCGUUAAAAAGAAUGAACGCUACCCACAAUUUCCCCUUUCGGGCCGCAACACUUUGGAUACGCCGCAACUUUUAUAUUUUGAUGUAAAGCAUUUAAAAAAAUCCCUAAAAGUAUGUGUUAAGGAGUGCCCAACAAGAACACUGCUCAAUAGCGCUGAUGUUAAUAACUAUUACUUGGAAACACGAAAUCAUAUUUGUCGUUAUGAUUUUAAUAUGUCAAUAUUGGGCGAAAGCGGACAAGGCGAUUUAAGUAAAUUAUUCAAUACACUUGGACCGUGUCCGGAAUUUCCUAUAUAUGAAAGUUCACCAGUUCUACAUCGUUGCAUGCCAAAGAGCAAAAAUGCUCCCGUCAAAGAUAUGUACAAUAUGUUAAACUCUUGGGAUGCUGCUCAACAAUUUUUGGGUGAUAUCUAUUCGACAUGGCAUUUUAUUGCGAUUAUCUGUGGAUUAGCAUUUUUAAUUUCAAUUGCAUUGGUCAUUUUAAUGCAUUGGUUGUCACGCAUUGUUUCUUGGCUGAUUUGUGUGCUGGUCAUUGUGGCCAGUGUUGGUUUAACUGGGGCCUUAUGGUAUGCCUACUAUUCCAUAAAGAACAAGCAAAAAAUUAAUGUACAAUUCUCGUACUUGGAGGAAUUUACAAGAAAUGAACAAGCGGUCUUUACAUUGGCAAUCUUGGCUACUAUAACAAUGAUUAUUUUAGUCGUCAUUAUUUAUUAUUUGAAAAAUAAAUUAUCCGGUUUGACAGCUCUAUUUGAGGAGUCUGGCAAAUGUAUGAUGAAUUUACCAGGUUUAAUUUUUGCACCCCUGUUGGCGUUUGUUGUUUUAGCAUUAUUUUUAGCAUUUUGGGUGUUUGUGGUAAUCUGCAUUGUAACCGCAAGUUCGCCCGGAAAUAGCAAUCCAUUUGCUCCUCUCGACAAUACGGCAUCACAAUCGAAUGGCAUAACUGUUAAUUCAACUCGAAGUUUCAUACCCAUAGAAUAUACCGAAGCGAAAACAAUCAAGAGUAUGUUCUGGAUAUAUGUUGUGGGUCUUAUAUGGACAACGGAAUUUAUUUUCGCAUGCCAACAAUUUGCCCUGGCUGCAGCUGUAGCUUUUUGGUAUUUUGAUAAACCAACAACAACACCCACAAUAUACGCCAUCGGAAGACUGAUAAAAUAUCAUUUGGGUACAGUUGCUAAAGGCUCGUUUGUUAUAACAAUAUUCAAGAUACCACGUUUAAUUUUGACAUAUCUUUACGCAAAAUUAAAAAAAGGCGAAGACAAAGGUUCUGAAUGUGCUGCAUGCUGUCUUAAGUGUUGUAUUUGCGGUUUUUGGCUAUUGGAAAAAUUCAUACGUUUCCUUAAUCACAAUGCAUACACCGUGGUGGCCAUAGAGUCCAUCAAUUUUUGUCCAGCGGCAGGAAUCGCUUGGAAUGCCAUGGCCACCAAUGCAUUACAAGUUGCCACAAUUAACAGUGUUGGUGAUUUUGUAUUGUUUUUGGGAAAAGUAAUGGUGGCCGCCAUUUCCGGUCUUAUUGGCAUUUUCAUUUUAAAGGAUAGACCCGGUGUCAAUUUCUACAUGGCCCCGGUAAUAUUAAUUAUAAUAUUUUCAUUCUUUAUUGCUCACAUUGUAUUGUCUCUGUUUGAGAUGGUUGUGGAUACACUUUUCCUGUGUGUAUGUGAAGAUAAAACAAUUAACGGUCGUGCUGGACGCUGGGCCCAAAGCAAUUUAGCAAAAUUAGUUGGCGAAGAACCAUUACAGCCAGGAGAGGAACCGCCCAUACAGGUUGUUGAAAUGAUGCCUAUUAACAAACAACCAUUCAGCACAUCGAAAAGGCCUGGCAUGAUAGUACCUGACGGGCCCAUGGAAUCACAUGAAUAGAUUA